AUGGCCGACGCCGACGAAAAGGCGCGCCAGGAAAAGAUCGCUGCGGCAAGAAAGCGCGUCGAGCAAAUGAAAAAGAAGAAGGGCAAAAAGAAUGCCAAGAAGGAUGACGCCAAAGAUAAUGAUGAGAUUUCUGAAAUUCCGUCCCCGAAUGUUGAAGGGCAGGCUGAGACGUCCGAACCGCCUGUCACAGACAGGGCCGAAGACAAUGAUAAGACCGUUGAAGACGAAAAGACAGACGACCAAUCGCCAUCGGCAACUCCAUCAAUGGCUCAACAGUCCAAGAUGAGGUCAACAUCGUUUCGUGCAGGCACGAGUGGAAGCACGUCGCCAGGCCCCAUUAGCCCUGAUGGUGACACUGCACCCGAUAUUUACAGAAAGCAGGUUGCUCGCAUCGAAGAAUUAGAAAAGGAGAACAAGAAGCUGUUCAAAGACUUUUCAGACUCGGAAAAACGAUGGAAAAAGGCAGAGGACGAGCUCGCUGAACUACGUGAGGCUGACGGCGAUUCUUCAGCCAAGGGUGGAGCAAACCAUGAGACGGAGCAAUUGAAGAGCGAAAUCGCUUCGCUUCAACGACAAAACACGCAAUUACAGCAACAAGUCUCGAGGGGCUCAACCCAUGCCCAUCGGUCCUCGAUAUCUAUUGCUACGCCCUCGUCAGAGCUGCAGGCUGAACUGGACGCCAAGAAGUCCACCAUCGAGUCCAUGGAGAUUGAAAUAUCCACGUUGAAAGCUCGUGUGCAGCGGCAGGAAUCUGGCGCCGAGACGGAAAAAGAACAAGUAAAUGCGCUUGAAGAAAAGCUUGCUCGUGCCGAAGCCGCUGCCGGAAAGGCACAGCGAGAGCUGCAAGAUGUGAAACGCAAUCUUGAGAGAACAACAGAUAAGGCAGUUCGCGAGGGCAGUGAGCGUUCAAGCGCAGAAGUCAAAGUCAAGACGCUUGAGAACGACCUGCAGGAAACAACAAAGGCCAAGUCUGACUUGGAGAUCAAGAUUGACGCGCUGGAAAAAAAGGUGGCCACAUUGACCACCAUUCACAAGGAGCAGGAUUCCAGGUCUCAGGCUCUGCGAAAAGACAAGGAGCGUGUUGAAAAGGAAGCAAAGGACCUUAGGACCAAGGUGGAGCGGCUGGAAACUGAGAACCUGAAACUUCGCAGCCGCAGGUCCGCAGAAGGCGGUGGCGGUCUUGACGAUGAGGGCGUGGAUGAGCUCGAGAACGAAGAACGAUUACGGCUUGAAAGGAAGAUUCGAAGCCUUGAACACCAAGUGCACGAGUUGCGAAGCGGGCAAUGGAUCGAGAAACGCCGAGAAAUGGAGGCGACGAACACAGGCUUUCAUGACGUGGACCUUUCCGGGGGGUCGAUGGGUCACUCGUCACAUAGAAUGCACUCGAGCAGUGGCUUGGGCGAUUUUCUCACCAACGGACUCAACGCCCUGGCCGGCGGUGGAGGUGGAGGUGCUGAACACGACUUGAUGGACGACGAUGACUUUGACUUUGACGAGGACGCCUUUCGCAAGGCCCGAGAAGAAGAGUCAAAACAGAGACUGGAGCGAAUCAAAGAGAUCAAGCGAACUCUGAAGCACUGGGAGGGGUGGCGGCUGGACAUUGUCGACAUGAGGAGGGGCGGAGGCGAGGGAAUUGGUGAUAUUUUCGACGUGUAG